GACAGUUAUAAAUUUCUCAAACCACUAAUCGCAAAGUACCCAAGUCGACCGAAGAGUUGAGAUUUACUAUAAAUUAGAUAUAACGUAUUCAAUUUACGUUAAUCUGCUACGAUGAAUUGUUUGUUAUUUUUGAGUAUUAUUUCAAUAGCUUGCAUUACUGGAGAAGCAUUAAUUUGUUAUCAGUGCAUUUUUUGUGAUGAUGUUUCCUCAGCAAAAAACAUUACCCACAAAAACUGUAGUGUAUCAUCUUCCAAACCUUCAUGUUUCAAAACAGAUGCUGUAUUAACAAAUGGUACCACAAUAGUAAUAGCGCGUGAUUGCGUGUCCCAAGUUCCUGUAAAUUAUAAUAACAUCUUUCGGGACACUACAAAUAAAUCAAUUUAUGUUGAAUCGCAGUCUGCUUAUUAUUGUGAUACAGAUCUAUGUAACAGUUCUGAAUCACUACUGUCAACCUCCACUACUACACUUGUAACAAUGAUUACAUUCAUUAGUGCAAUUAAAAGUUUAUAUGGAAAUUAAUACUAAUGUAAAUAAUAAAAAUAUUAUUGUCCAGCGUAUUUCUUAAUAAAUUGACGCCAAGACAGUAAACAAAUUAAAAAAAAAAAAAAACAGUAAUAAAUGUAAUUGUGAUAUCGUAACAAUAUAAAUACUUGAUAAAAAGA